AUGCAGACCGCCUUAGCUUCGCCGCCUUCAUCUUCUUCAACUUCCAUUCCCAGUUUCUCUGUAUCCAAACACGCCCUUACCACCCUCAGAAAUCCCAUUUUCCCUAAACCCCAAAGAAUCUCUUUUGCGAAGCCAAGAAGAAGUUUAUCAUUGCCAAUGCCUCAGAGCACGAACAACUCCUCCGCCGCCGCCGUCUCUGUUGAUGGAAAAGAGAAGAAGGAAGCGAAGCUCUGGGGUGGAAGAUUCGAGGAGAGCGUGACUGAUGCUGUGGAGAAGUUCACUGAAUCAAUUUCAUUUGAUAAGGCUUUAUAUAAGCAUGACAUUAUGGGUAGCCGUGCCCACGCCUCCAUGCUUGCUCAUCAGGGAUUGAUAAGUGAAAGUGAUAGAGACCAAAUUUUACAAGGUCUGGAUCACAUCGAGAGGCAAAUUGAAGCUGGGGAGUUCGAAUGGCGGACUGACAGGGAGGAUGUGCAUAUGAACAUUGAAGCAACGCUGACCGACUUAGUAGGGGAACCUGCCAAAAAGCUCCAUACAGCAAGGAGUCGGAAUGACCAAGUCUGUACUGACUUCCGUCUUUGGUGUCGUGACAGUAUAGACACCAUUGUGUCAUGUAUUAAGCAUCUUCAGGUUUCACUGCUGAAACUUGCAUUAAAGAAUGAUGGCUUAAUUGUUCCUGGAUAUACCCAUUUGCAAAGGGCACAACCUGUUCUUUUGCAGCAUCUUCUCUUAGCUUAUGUAGAACAGCUUGAACGUGAUGUUGGCCGUUUACAAGAUUGUAGAGCACGGAUGAAUUUCUGCCCUCUCGGUGCAUGUGCAUUAGCUGGUACAGGUCUUCCCAUUGAUAGGUUUAUGACCUCUAAUGCUUUGGGUUUUAUAGCUCCUUUGAGAAACAGUAUUGAUGCAGUUUCUGAUAGAGAUUUUGUUUUGGAGUUCCUUUCUGCAAAUUCAAUCAUUGCAACUCAUCUAUCUCGGCUUGGGGAAGAAUGGGUAUUGUGGGCGUCAGAGGAAUUUGGAUUUAUCAUACCAAGUGACUCAGUUUCUACUGGAAGCAGUAUAAUGCCUCAAAAGAAAAACCCAGACCCAAUGGAACUUGUCCGCGGUAAAUCUGCAAGAGUAAUAGGAGAUUUGGUUUCACUUCUUGUACUGUGCAAGGGACUUCCUCAUGCAUACAAUCGUGAUUUGCAGGAGGAUAAGGAACCUGUCUUUGAUAGUGUCAAAACUGUGAUUGGGAUGCUUGAAGUAUCAGCUGAGUUUGCUCAGAACAUUACUUUUAAUCAAGAGAAAAUCCGAACAUCUCUACCUGCUGGUCAUCUUGAUGCCACUACACUAGCAGAUUACCUUGUCAAAAAGGGUGUUCCUUUUAGAACAUCGCAUGAUAUCUCGGGAAGAGCUGUUGCAGUAUGUGUACAGCGCAAGUGCCAGCUUCAGGACAUGAGUCUUGAAGAACUACGAAGUAUAAGUCCAGUAUUUGACGAAGAGGUCUAUGAUUUCCUCGGGGUGGAGAAUUCCAUUAGAAAAUUUAGCUCAUACGGGUCAACAGGGACAGAAUGUGUCGCUAGUCAACUGAACUACUGGAUUUCAAAGCUGGGUAUCAAGUGA